UGGUUCCAUUCAUCCAUUCCUGUCCCACCACCUUUCCAGUCCCAGCCCCAAGAGACCAGGACACAAGCCAAUCAGCAGAGGGGCUCAAGCCCAUCUCCCACUCCAAAGCUAAUGGAAAGCCUUUCCUAAAGUAAAUGUUUAUUGUCCAGUCUGCUCAGAGUGGAGAGUCACAGUUUCCAUGGACCUGCCUUGGGCAGGGCUACUUUGAAGGGUGUGGUAUACAGGUCAGUGGUAUCUGACCAGUACUUUUCCUAUCAGACUUGGAAACUGGAAACUGGACCUAACCUCUUAGAAUCUCUUAAAAUACGACAAUAACAAGGAACUGCACUGAGCAGAGCACCAAGAUUACAAAUACAAGCAAAUAAGACUGUUUGCCCACAAGGAGCUCAUGGCCUGAUGAAGAAGAUGAUACUUAAAGGGAUCUAGAAAGGGCAGAAUAGUACCUCUGAGGGAGUAUGAAAUGAAGAGGAAACCAGACAGAGCAAGGUGUGUGAGAGCAGCGCAGUGACAUAUGCUGGGGGAGUGGAGAUGCUGAGGCUGCUGAAUCUCUCGAGCUCAGAGUUCUGAAUUUCAGAGGGGGAGUAAAGGGAAGGGAAUAAACAUCUGUAUAAUACCUAUAAUGUUCCAGGGGCUCCCCUAGGGUAAGCAACACAUGUGACCAGAGGAGGUCCCCGAGGGAUGUCGACUCAGGAGCUCACUGUCCGUCUGUGCCAGGAGGGAGACCGGCACCUGGCCCUGGAUGAGCUCCCCCUGGCCACCGCCUUCUACCUGGCCGCAUUCAGCUGCCACCCGCCCUCAGUGGUGCAGAGGGCACAGCAGUCACUGAGCCAGGAGCAGACAGAGCGGAUGGUCUCCGUGCUGGAGGCCUGGUGCCGGGGAGAAGCCCAGAUCCCCUCUAUCCACUGGGACGGAAUGGCCGUGGUCUCCCUCACCGUGGCCCUGGCUGCGGCCUUCCUCGGAGCCCUCCAGCCCAACAACCUGGCCGCCUCCCUCUGCAGACUGACCAUCCUGACGGGGCAGGGACGCCACGAGGAGGUGGCCAGGAGAUGCGAGGCGCUUCUGGAGGGCCCCGCCGCAGGACCCCUGGAGCUCCGGCUCAUGCGCGCUCUAGCCUGGGUCCUGUCUGGGACCAAAGCGGGCGCUGGCGUGACCGAGUACCUCCAGGCUUUUGUCACACAUGCCCAACAAACUCUGGGCUUCAUCUUCUCUCAUCAGCAGGACCACCUGCCCCUGCUCAUCAGCGCCUGCCAGGAUCACCUCCUGGAGCCCAGUGAGGCCGAGGCAGCUGGAGGCGGGUGGGGCAGUGACUGCCAGCGCUUCCUGGCGGCCCUGGCGCCCAGCGAGACCCAGGCAGCCUCCGCCCAGGCCCUGUCUCUGUUAAGGACGGGCAGGUUGGAGGAGUGCAUGACCACAUGCAGCCAGGCCCUUGAAUCAGCCUCCACGGCGGGCAAACUCCAAGGUACUAACCAAGUUUUUAAGUUACUAACCAUGAAAAGAGAGAGCCCUUCCAUCCUGCUGGUUACUGGAGCGCCUCCUUCUCCUGGUCCAGCGGAGCUCUCCAGACCCAGACCUCCGGCUUCUAACGGCCAAGAGAUGAGGAUUUUCCUCGGACGUGAGCUUGAUCCUGGCGGGCCAGGCGACGCUGAGACGGAUCCUUCCAAUGCGGUGAGACUGGAGGACUCAAGCCGACGGGCGGAGCUGGCCCCAUCCUCACAGCCGCGCUUCUCCGGUGGCCCCGGACAGCGGGAGCUGACGUCGCCUCAUGCUGCCGCUGCUGUCCGACGCCAGGGCCCUGCCUGGACGCCUCCUCCUGAGCGCCCACCCACCGCACGCUGCCAGCUCCCGCUUCUGCGCUCCACCAGGCCGGGCCGCCUGGGCCCGAUUUCUUAUUCCCCUUUUCUAAGGGAUGCUUGUGGGGUGCACCAGCUGGCAGCCCUGCUGAUGGAGCUGGAUCCAAGUGAGGAGAUAUCCAGGCUUCUCAGUGCAGAUGCCCUCUACCAAAUGGGCCGUGUUGAAGACGCACACAAGACCCUCUUGGUGGCGCUGUCCAAGAGCCCCCACACGGCCCCCAUCCUGGCCCGCCUGGCCCUGCUGCAGCUACGGAAGGGCUUUUUCUACGAUGCCAACCUGCUGAUAAAGAAAGUAAUCCAGAUUGGAGACACCUCCUGCCUCCAGCAAAUCAUGGAGAUCUUCAGGGAAGAGGACCGGAAGCUACUACAGACUCACUGCCAUUCUAGGGCUGUGACAAUCCUGAAGAAUAAACAGGGGGACACAUAUACCAAAGAGGCCAUCGCCUACCUCUCUCUUGCCAUCAUUGCCUCAGGAAGUCAGGCAAGGGAAUCCCUCCUGGCCAGAGCCAGAUGCUAUGGCCACCUAGGCCAGAAGAAAACAGCCAUUUAUGACUUCAACACCAUUCUCAAGACUGACCCUACCAAUGUGCAGGCUCUGUGUGGUCGGGCAUUUAUGCAUCUGGUUCUGAAUCAGCAGAAGGAGGCGGUAGACAGCAUCAUCUCUGCUCUUACCCUGGAUAUGGCAGGUGUGGUCCCUGAGAUCUUGUCCCUGAAGCAAGAAGCCCAGGUCUUCAUCACUCAAGGCCUCUACUCCCACUGUAGAACUGGGCUGAACCAGCUGGCUUCAGACAGAAACCUUCCUAGGGAGGAAGCCUCUGAGAAACUGCUGUCCAUUGGGGAAGCACUCAUCAAAAUAGAUGCCACAAAAUCCAGUUGGAGAAUUUUCCUUGUGGAUAUUUUGAUUUUGACAGGUUGCUAUGAGAAAGCUCUUGAACAUCUACAAGAAGUCCUUGGACCCACUCCCAGGUUUGAGCCUGCCCAGGCCCGUCUGGGUUUCCUCCAGUUGAAGAAGAAAGAACUUGGAGCUGCCAUUCACAACUUGGAGCCCCUAGCUGGGAAAGACCCCAAGGAUCUGGGCUUCCUCUUGCAUCUGUUGGACACCAAGCAGCGGCACAGUCUCUCACAGGCAGCAGCUGAAGAAGGAAAUGCCCUAGGGAAGGAUCAGUGUCCAGAGAAGGCUCUUGGCUAUUACACCCUGGCUGUCCUGGCCAGCAAUGGGAACCCUAGAUACCUCCGGCUGAGGGCGACCUGCCUGUCCCACCUGCAGGACUUCAGUCGUGCCCUCAGGGACUUGGACAAAGUGAUCCAGAAGCACACAGCCAGUGACCUUCAGACACAAGUGGAAGAUUUUUGCUCUCGAGGCCGGAUGUUUUUGGGCCUCAGAGACGAGGCCAGUGCCGUGGAAGAGUUCAUCCGAGCCUUCCAGCUCUCGCCAUCCCUGGCUCUGCGGAGUGUGUCUGCUCAGCCAGGACCCAAACAAUUGGCCCAGAUGUUUCACGUGGCAGGUCAGCACUGCUUAGAGGAACAGCGCUAUGAGGAUUCAUGGAAGGUGAUCGAGUAUGGCCUCCUUCUAGAUGAAAACAGCAGCGAUUUGAAGAAACUUCGAGGGAGGCUCAAGAGAGAAAUCUCAUGGGGCUGCAGUAUUCACUGACCUGCAGAAAAAGAGAGGCUUUUAAAAGCCAACCCCUCCACUUCUCCCUGGGGAGUAUCCGUCCUCCUUUGAUUAGAGAGGACAGGGGAAAGUGGUCCUUUAAUAUGAGACUUAAUCACAGUUGGCUGUCCAUUUUUUCUGUUAUCUUCCUGGCAGACUGUCAACUACUUUUUAGAGGACGAAAUUGAGAUAUCCAAAAUUAGCCUAAAUAAUAAUAAUAAAAGCUAUCAUUUGCAUUGCAUUUUAAGACUUGUGAUGCACUUUCCAUAUGUAACCUCAUUUGAUUAUUGCAACAAUUCUUUGAGAUAGAUGCUUUU